GUGUCUCUAAUCAGGCUUCCAUUUGAAGACACACAGAGAAAAAAAGAGAAACGACACAAGUUUGGUUAAUCAUAUAUAGUAGAUUAAUUCUCCCAAGAAAGAUAUUAGUACUGAUCAGGGAAAAUACAUCAAAUAGUGACCACCCUGCUGGUUAAUCAACACCAAGAGACCUUGUAAUAUAUAAGUUAGGAAGAUGAGAGAGAAGUGGGAAAUGAAAAGAGAUGAAAUGGGACAUCGAUGUUGUGGAAAACACAAAGUGAAGAGAGGUCUUUGGUCUCCAGAGGAAGACGAGAAGCUUCUUCGUUAUAUCACCACUCAUGGUCAUCCUAGUUGGAGUUCCGUUCCAAAGCUUGCCGGGUUGCAGAGAUGUGGGAAGAGUUGCAGAUUAAGGUGGAUAAACUAUCUAAGGCCUGAUCUGAGGAGAGGUUCGUUUAAUGAGGAAGAAGAGCAGAUUAUCAUCGACGUACAUCGUAUUCUUGGUAACAAAUGGGCUCAGAUUGCUAAGCACUUACCUGGACGCACUGAUAAUGAAGUCAAGAACUUUUGGAACUCAUGCAUUAAGAAGAAACUUCUUUCUCAAGGCUUAGAUCCUUCUACACAUAAUCUUAUGCCUUCACACAAAAGAUCUUCUUCUUCAAACAAUAAUAAUAUCCCCAAGCCAAACAAAACGACGUCCAUCAUGAAGAACCCUACUGAUCUUGAUCAAUCAACCACUGCUUUUUCAAUCACAAACAUCAAUCCACCCACUUCCACUAAACCAAACAAACUUAAAUCUCCUAACCAGACUACAAUCCCAUCUCAAACCGUGAUCCCUAUCAAUGAUAACAUGUCAAGUACUCAAACCAUGAUCCCUAUCAAUGAUCCCAUGUCAAGUCUUUUAGAUGAUGAGAAUAUGAUUCCUCACUGGUCAGAUGUUGAUGGAAUGGCGAUCCACGAAGCUCCGAUGUUGCCUAGUGAUAAGGCAGUAGUGGGAGUGGAUGAUGAUGAUCUCAACAUGGACAUUUUGUUUAACACUCCUUCUUCUUCUGCUUUUGAUCCUGAUUUUGCUUCCAUUUUCUCCUCUGCAAUGUCUAUCGAUUUCAAUCCCAUGGAUGAUCUUGGCAGCUGGACCUUUUAGCUUUUACUCUACAAUAUUUUCAUUUUCUCAAGUGUAUAUAUAUGAAUAAUUGCCACUUUCUGCUUUUCACUAGUUUUGAAAAGCUGAGAAUUUUCCAAAUCAGUGUCUCAUUUUUUUCU